AUGAGUCUUCCGUGGGGAUACUGUGCCAUCGUCUGUAUAUUAAUAUGUGCAGUCGGUUAUGCUUUCUCCAGACAACGUGCAAAAGCUCCUUUGCCUCCUGGUCCAGCGCGACUACCGAUACUUGGCAACGCGUUGAAUGUCCCCCUUGAAUUUCAGUGGCUCAAGUUUACCGAAUGGGCUGGGAUCUACGGGGAAAUCUUUAGCCUUUCAGUAUUAGGCCAUCCCAUUCUGGUCCUCAACUCAGCCAAUGCUAUAGAGGAACUGUUCGAGAAGAGGAGCGCAUUGUACGCCGAUCGCCCUCACAUUCCCCUGGCAGGCGAGAUGAUUGGGUACUCUUCCAUACCUGUGUUGGAGCGCUAUGGCAGACGCCACAGGGAAGGCCGUAAACUCAUUUCAAACAGCCUAGACCACCGCAAUCAGACAGAUAUCCAUAGAAUACAGCGGAACAAGGUCGCUUUAAUGCUUUCCAAGCUCGUUAAUAACCCAAAAGACUUGCAGUUACAUUCUCGCUGGUUCAUUGCCGCAGUUGUGUUCCAAUUGACACACGGGCAGAAAAUUGAAAGCGUCGAUCACGUCUUUGUCAAGCUGGCGGAACAAUUCAACAAGGACUUUUCCCGUGUGUUGAGGCCCGGACGCUUUCUGGUAGAUAAUAUCACCAUUCUGCAAUAUCUUCCGAGUUGGUUCCCUGGGAUGGGCUUCAAGAGGUUGGCAAAAGAAUGCAGAGAACACUUUCUACGCCUGUGCCAUGAACCGUAUGCCUGUGUGAAAGAUCAAGUGGCCAAAGGAACUGCUCUGCCUUCACUGACAGCGAGGCUGAUUGAGGAGAACAGAAAUCCUACGCCCGAUGAAGAGUGGUUCUACAAAACUACUGUGAUGCAAUUCUACGCAGGUACGCUUGUAUUUACUGUCUCUGUCCUUGAUUCAUUCUUCCUUAUCAUGAGUUUGAACCCAGACAUUCAGAAGAAGGCGCAGGCUGAGAUGGACCGCGUUGUCGAGCCGGGCCGCCUGCCAGAUUUCGACGAUCGAGCAAACUUGCCAUACUUGGAUGCAGUGCUGAAAGAGAUCUAUCGGUGGAAUCCUACGGCACCGAUGGCCGUACCCCAUCGGGUCACGCAAGACGAUGUCUACAACGGAUUCCAUAUUCCGGCAGGCGCCACGGUGAUUGCGAACACCUGGGCUGUGCUUCAUGAUCCCUCGCUGUAUCCAGACCCGUUCCAAGUCAAUCCGGACAGGUAUUCGAAACAGGAAGGCGGGUUGAACCCUGAUCCUCGAAGAUUUGCCUUUGGUUACGGGCGACGAGUCUGUCCGGGGAAAGUCCUUGCAGAUGACUCGAUCUUCACGGUUGUCGCUUGCGUGCUAGCUACGCUAGACAUCAGCAAGGCCGUGGGCCCUGAUGGACAACCCAUCGAGCCCGAUGUGCAGUACACAGGAGGCACUAUCAGUUUCCCCGGCCCCUUUCAAUGCACCAUCAAGCCUCGUUCGGCGGAAUCAGCGCGUCUCAUCCAGAACGCGGCGAUGCACGUGGAUCAUAUGGACUGA